CUUAAAAACUUGACAGUCAAUACCAAUAAACAAAACAAUAAAACCAAUUAUGAUUGUGAGAAAACCUCUACAAUUGACUUUAGCUUUGCUAAAACCUGAUGUUGUCUCUCAUCCUCACAUAUUAACGAAUGUAAGACAGCUUAUAUUAGAGAAUGGAUUUUAUUUUAUUCUGUCCAGACAUCUCCGGAUGACCCAUGCACAAGCAGAGGAGUUCUAUGCUGAACAUCGAGGAAAAUUUUUCCAAAACAGAUUAGUGUCCUUUAUGAGCAGUGGACCUAUCUGGAGUCAUGUACUAUGUGGUGAUGAUGCCAUUGCCAGAUGGAGGAAGCUGAUGGGACCCACUAAAGUUCUCAAGACUGUGUUUGAAGAUCCCCAAAGCAUCCGAGGCCUUUAUGGACUUACAGACACAAGAAACUGCACCCACGGCUCUGAUUCCAAUGAAACAGCGAGGCGAGAAAUAAAUUUUUUCUUCCCUGAGUUUAACAUUGACCAGUGGUUUGAACAACAGCAUGAUUACUUUUACAAAGACCUGGUAGAGUUUGAUGCCUCUGUGUGUCAGCAUAUAUCUAUACCAGACUUUAGGACGCAGCAGGACGAUGUGAUUACAUAAUAAAUACUGAGAGAAUAUAUUUCUGUUCUAUAACUUACUUAUUUGUUUUUUGUAUGCUGCUAUCACUUAAUUUAUUUAAAAGAUCAUCUUUUCUCUUUUGUGCCCAAGAAAUUUGGAUACACCACAGAAAACUAGUUUAAAGAUAUCAUACCCAAAUUCAGAAUUCUGUAUUGUUUCGAGAAUGAUGGGAGUUGUAUUUAAACGUCAUUAUUUUGACAAAUUAAUUGUGACAGAGGACUAGAACAAAGACUAAAUUAUUAAUGUCUUUAAAUUAUUUCAGUAAUAGUCAGCAGUAGCAUCUCACCUUACAUUAUUUAUACGUAAUAGCUAAACUUAAAGUUGUAUCUUCAAUAACAGCAUAAUGAUAUAUUAUUUUUA